AUGUCAAAAGUUGAUGCACAGUAUAUUUGCCAGCAAGCGGCCAACGCCAUCAUCGCCGAAAUCGGUACUUACUGUGUAUCCUCUGAUGCUCUGCAAGCUGUCAAUCAAUUCAACGACGAAUUUCUUGCAUUUUUGCUAUCCUCAGCAAGCUCCUUCGACCUGUCGCGUAUCAAGACCGCUGUGCUCCAAUUAAUUCCGGCCACUCUCGGAAAGAAUGCCAUUAUCGAAGCAGAAUUGGAAAUCAAAACUUUUACGGAAACGGAAACCGUCGACUAUGAAGCGUACGAACGACUCCGAUUUCUAGGCACCCAAGGCCACCCAUUCCCCAUGAAAGAAGCCUUGACCUUGUUGCGACAGAAAUGUAUUGAACGUUGUGCAUUGGCAGAUAAACGAUCCAAACCAUUUUCCAAAUCGACAGCAAGGUUUGAAAUAUCGCCCAUCGUCGUUGUCUAUAUUACCGCGGUGAUUGAACACAUUACCGAAUAUAUGCUGAAAGCCAUGGCAGUGAUGGCCGAGCAUGAGAACACGGAGUAUAUUCGUCUUAAGGAGGUGUUUCUCACAUUGAAGGAUGAUCCGCAAUUAGCUAGUACGUUUCAUCGUUCCGAAUUACGUGCCAGACUCGAAAAACGAGCACAAACCUAUGGUUACCAGCCGCAAAUGCUACCUUCUCCUGCGCCCAGUCCGGUUCCCUCCUUUCACACUCAGAAUCCAUUACGUAUUUCCACUAGCACCAUGAGAUCCGAUGUUUCGAUGGAACAUGCAUACGAUCAGUACAGCGAGGAUGGAUCUGACCCGACGAUUCGAUCUUCCAGCGCCUUGAGCCACCGUGACCGAUCCACUUUCUCCAUGCAUUCGCUCAAAUCCAAUACGAGUUCGCAAUAUCGACCCAUGUCCACUCUCAGCAGCAGCAGUAGCAGCAGCAAUACUGUAGGCACUUCCAGUAGCAGUAAAAAGGGGUUUCGCUUUUUCAAAAAAGGAAAACACCAAUCGUGCAAUCUCGAUAUCAGCACGCAUCGCACAUCCACGCCGGUAUCCUCGACGGCGUCAAUUUAUGACCCGGAUGCACCAGCCAUUGAUUUUGAUGAUCUUAUCCGUUCAGGAGACACCAUGCGGGUAUCAUUAACACCGAAUCGAUUACGGUCGCUCGAAACCACGGAUUCGCUCCGUCUUGAUGACCUGAAUGAUCGCCCGGUCACGCGCCAAUCAACAACACUGGCUACACCAGCGCAGACGCCGACUUCGCCACCGCCUGAGUGGCGUCGUGAAUCUCAGCUGGAUAGCGCGAUGCGUAAAUUAAACGGUCGUCCUUCCGACAAACCUACCAUCUCAGGCCAUCACACCUCACCCAAACGAUUCAACGAUCCUGUGCUGACCCCUUUCGAAAACCCGCGCGCUGCACCGAAACCUCCAGUAUCAUCAGCUACAUCUAUUUCCAGCGUCACUUCCACCUCGUUGUCCUCGUCUACUUCCAAGGAAAAAGUACCAGGGCACGACACAUUAGAUGUUCAUUCACCCUACACUGACCGAUUGCUUCGGCGUAGCACCGGCAGCCGAAGUAUCCGAGUUCAAUUACCCGACUUGACCGCUGCGACCACGUCGAUCGCAACGUCACUAAAUCACUUGGAUUUGCAUCAUCAAGAUUUACCUAAUUCUGGCACCACCUCGUCUUUUGCACGAUCCAGCUCUGUGCUGAGUGACGACGAAGAUCGAAAAGUGCGUUUCUCCGCCGAUUCCUUGAAGAAAUACGAACGUCCAUCGUCCAUGGUGGCCAAACGUGCCUCGAUGAUCGGUGGAGCCCGACCUCCGUCUUUCCACGAAAGCUAUGCUCUGAACAUGGAAAACAAAGAUAUAUCACAUCAUCGCAAAUCUGCAGCUGGUCCUGCGAGUUUGGGCGAUAUCGGCCCGCAACUAUCUCUGAGCCGGUUGAGUGAUAGUCAUUUGAUUUCUGUCCCGCGUCGUCGACAGACGAGUGCGAAUGGCAAAGAAUUAGACAAGAAACCCCGAUCCAACGUUGACGCCGGGACUGUGCUCGAUAAAAUCCUGAAAUUUGAACGCGGGACUUUGGAUAUGCAGACCUUGUCGCCCCACGAUCAGGUCGCGCUGAAAGCCCAACACGAACGCAUUAUGCUUCUUCUGGGAGAGACCGAUCGUCAAACAUUUUUAUCGAAACUCGCACGAAAUUCUACGGUGGAUGCCGCAGUGCAAACCGAUCCUUCCCAUUCCCAUCCAUUGCCUACGCUGGUCGUACCUUCUCUUCCUCAUCGACGAGAAUCUGAUGUGAGCACUGUCGCAAGUCAAGCCAUCACCGAACAUGGCAUUGUAGAUGGUGACGAAGAAUGGUUUUUACAGGACGAAGAUUGGGAAGAUCAUGCGGAUCAAGAAAUAGCUGUAGUUAACUGGCUCAUCGGCCACUCUUAA